AUGGCUCAGAGAAACAAAACCGCACAACAAAACAGGCGCUCCCCUGGGACGCCUGCCCCCCCGGCCCCUCCACGAGGCACGCCAUCCCCGCCCCCAGGGACAAGCCGGACGAACGCGACACGCGGCACCUCCCCCGGUCCCUCGGGCGAAAACAGCACCCGCCCUGGAAGGCUGGGUAGUCCGUCCUACGCCGCGAUGGUAGUGCGCGGACCCACCUUAGGCCCGUCUAUAGCUGAGACCCCAGCACCGACGGUCCCAGCACAACCGGUCCCGGCCAACGACGUCCUAUCGACAGCCCAACCUGCCGAAACAACUGCCGCCAUCACCGCCCCAUCGACGUCGACGCCGACCCAGCCUCAACAGCCUGCCUCUCCGCAGCCGGCCCGAGUCGAAUCACCGGAAGCUCAAGGCGAGCCCCCCGUGCAAGACAAGAAAAGGAAGAAAAAGGUGAACAAAGGCAAAGCACGGGCGAAGCCUAUGAUCCCAAUCGGAAGUGGACACCCACCAGGAGUAGCCAAAGGCCCCGUCUGGGAGACAGACGAGUAUCAGAGACACGUCAGUGAGUCGCGAAAGCGCCGUCGCGUCACCGAUGAUAACCUCCCCGAGCGUACGCCGUCCCCGCCCGCCCGAGUCCAGAACUCGCCCGGCCCCUCGUUCGCGCAGACGGCCGCGACAUCAGGAAAACCUGAAUUCCCUAAUGAGACGUGA